AUGUAUGUGAAAUCUGCAAUUUUAGAACCAAAUUUCAGUUUAUAUUCAAAUUUUAUAAAUGUUGAUUCAUUACCUUCAGAAAUAAAAUUGUGGAAAAAAAAAUGGAUUGCAUUUAAAGAUACAGAUCGUCCAAAUUCAGCUGUAGAAUCAUUAAAUUAUUGUGACCCUGAACUUUUUCCAAAUAUUCAUUUUUUAUUAAAAGUGCCGAUUUCUAUAGCAACUGCCGAACAAACUUUUUCGGCAUUAAAACGCGUCAAGACAUUUUUACGAAACUAG